CGAUGCUGUAGGCUGUCCCUUUGGUGGUGGGUGCAUUGGGAUCCACCUCAAGCCAUAACCGACGUGGGGGAGAUUGGAGAAGGAGGCAUGGCUAAGUUAGUGUCUCACUCCCAACAGUUUUUGGCUUUGCAUUGCUUCAAUUGAUAUAAAUAGUGGGAAUCAAGCUCAUUCUACUUUCCCCUACCUUUUCUUUCUUUCUUUUUCUUUUUUUCCCCCUCCAUACCCGAACCGUGGCCUAGUAAACAUCCAAAUUGCUGGAAGUGGCUGGUAAUCACUACUACCAGUAGUUGUUGGGCUUCGUAUGAGGUUAGCGCCAAUCAUUGCCGUCCCGCCAGUUGAUUCCUUCCCCACUGUCACAUGCUUCUGCUUUUGCUGGUCUUCCUUCUUCUUCCAUUCAUCAUUCUUGUUUCUUUUCCACUGCAUCAGCUUGGUACAUCUCAACAUUUUUCUUAACCUCCUUUCAACAAUGGAUCGUGGCCUCUCAACAGGCUCAACUCUGGGUGAGGAUAGACUUCGUGAGAGGACUAACUUGGCCUCUCAGUCGGAGGCAAUUGCAAAUUCCCAGGCUCUCACUGCUACUGGCGAGGUCGAGGCCAAGGAUGAUGCACAGAAGGACAAGAAGACCUUCGGCCGCACCCCUGGUGGCACAGUAUUCACGGUGCCGCAAACACAUGACAUGGUCUCUCAACUCCUGUCUCCCUCUGAGCCUAAGAAUCUUUCCGAUAUCCUUGUCCUAUUUAUUCUGGGUGCUCACAUUUUCUUAUUAUGGCAACUUCCCAAAGGUGCAAAAGUCCCCGUGUUUGCUGCCGUCUAUCUCUUUUGGCGCGCGGCGUAUAAUAUUGGGAUCGGAUGGCUUUUACAUAACCAAUCUCACCACAAUACCCUUGUUCGCUGGGCGGAGCAGACCAAGAUCUUUCUGAAUCCGUCUACGAACCAGAAUCCCCAUCCUAACCUGUACAAACUAAUUAAGCGCGAACUGGAGACCAAAGUACCUGUCGACUAUUCGUUCGAUCAGGCCCCUCUCGAGUACAACACUUGGCUCGUCUUCCGUCGUCUCGUCGAUCUCAUUCUCAUGUGUGACUUCACAUCCUACUGCCUUUUCGCCAUAGCUUGUAGCCAUCAUCCCGUUGACGAGGGCGUGCUGAUGACUAUCCUGCGCUGGUCAGCUGGUAUUGCUUUAGUGCUGUUCAACCUGUGGGUCAAAUUAGAUGCUCAUCGCGUGGUGAAAGAUUUUGCGUGGUACUGGGGAGACUUUUUCUUUCUCAUUGAUCAAGAGUUGACCUUUGACGGUGUUUUUGAGAUGGCUCCCCACCCGAUGUACUCGGUCGGCUAUGCUGGUUAUUACGGCAUCUCGUUGAUGGCAGCAAGCUACAAAGUGCUGUUCAUCUCUAUACUCGCCCAUGCAGCGCAAUUCGCAUUCUUGGUCUUCGUUGAGAACCCGCACAUCGACAAGACGUACAAUCCGCCUCCUCCGCGCAAGCGGAUAAUAACGGAGCAAGAUUCUGUAUCCUCAUCGUCUCAGGCCAGCGAGCCUCCCUCGUCACCGGUUGAAGACCAACUGCCCCACGCGACAAACUACCCAACAAGCAACCCUCCUCCAUCGGUCCACAGUUUGCUAGGGCUCCACAACCUGGACCUGCAUCGGAUAACGGAUAGUUCUUCUUUGCUGGUUCAGUUCCUCGUAUUCGCCCUGACGGUCUUGACGCCUUCUACACCUCGCUAUCAAUACAUUUUCGUGGCCAAUGCGACAAUCUGGAGACUAUGGUUCUCCAUCGGCAUCGGACACUUACUUAUUCGCCAAUCAAAUCGUAAAGCGUGGACACGGCAUUUUGUCAAGUAUGGCGAGACCCCUCAAGAAGCCUGGAACCAGUGGAAGGGCACGUACCAUUUAAGUAUGAUCAUGUGCUAUGCGAGCUUCAUUGCUGCCGCCUGGAAGAUGUAUACCUUCCCCGCUGACUGGGGUUAUGGUCUCGUCUUGCUCCGGCAUGUUCUGGGUGUAGGGCUUAUUUGCCUGCAGACAUGGACAUCGUUCAGCAUCUACGAAUCUCUUGGUGAAUUCGGCUGGUUCUACGGGGACUUCUUCUUCCAAGGAUCUCACAAGUUGACGUACAAUGGCAUCUACCGCUUCUUGAACAACCCCGAACGUGUUUUGGGGCUGGCCGGGGUAUGGGGGGCUGUUCUCAUUACGAGUAGCGGAGCGGUUAUUUUCCUCGCCUUGAUAAGUCACGUUCUAAGCAUGGCUUUCAUCCAAUUCGUCGAGCGCCCUCACAUGCAGAAACUCUAUGGCCAAAGCUUGCGACAGGAUGCGGGGCUUGUCAAGAGCCUCAAGCGAUCCCUGCCGCCGUCGCUCCGCCAACUGCAUGGUAGCGUUGAUAAGAUCGUGGACGAGUCAUUUGAAUUUAUUGAAGAACUAAUCGAUACUGCCCGUCCUAAGCUUGCCGCUGGGGUGAACACGUUUGUAAAGGAUACUACCGCCUUGUUCCAGACGUAUCCAGCUCGGGUCACCAUCUCCCGCAUUGACGAGGACCUUGCAGGCUAUAAUGCAGGGGAUUAUUCCUUGCUGAUCGAGGGCACCGAAUCGUCCUCCUUCGGUAAACAACGACAAGGUGACUUGAAGAACCUGGUAUUCGAAUACGGCGCACCGAUCAAAGUCCGAUGGACGGCACCUUUGAACCACAGCAAGAAGGAUUGGAUCGGUCUUUACCGCGUCACUGACAACGUUUCGCGGGAGGUCACGCGAAUUGCCUCUCAAGGCCGAUGGAUCGCUACCAAUGCCGGUUUCUACGACAAUCAAACCUGUGAAAAAGGCAUCGUGACCAGCGAUGUAAAAGUCUCGGGCUCCCAGCGCCUAGAUGGCGACACAAGCGACCUCCUCAGCGGGGAAGUCGUCUUCACCGGCGACAAGCUCUUUUGGACUCAGGGAGUCUUCGAGUUCCGCUACCACCACAACGGCAAGCACAAUGUCAUGGCGAUCUCCCGACCGUUUGAGAUCCUCACUGGUCGGUUCGACGAGGAGGAAUUUGCGGAAAGCGAACAGGACGAUCUCCAGGCAUCCGUCGAGCAGAAGCUCCUCCCCGUGAUCCGCAACUGCUUGGACCAAGAUCCCGAGAUCGCCCCCGAGACCGUGGACGAGCAGUUUGGCAGCCAAGUGGAAAGGAAUGGCAAGUAUGCCAAGAGAGUCGUGUUUGCCGUACACCAGAUGUUCGGCGUGGAAUUCGCGCCCGAGGUUGUUCGCGCGGAUGGAACUGUCCGUAAUCUUGCAUGGAGAAUCUGCAAUGCAAAGCGUGUUCUCGCUCCCUACAGCAUGACGAGCAACGGCACCUCCACCCCAAGUGAACGACUCGAAAAGGCUGAAAUUGUGGGGUGAUGUUGACCUCGAAGGACCAUGAUUUGUAUCCUUUUCGUUCAUUUCAACUACGCACAGCACCACGACGGCCAUCUGUGACAUUGGUAGAGCUCAUCCGACCUUGCACAGCCUCACGAUGGUAUCGAAUGAAUCAGGACAGGCAAACCAGGUAUACAUCGUGCAGUGGACUCAAAUCAAAAAAGGUUAUAUUCUGUUCUUCUCAGGGGGCGAGGGAGGCGUACUGCAGGUGCAUGCUCCUCGACCAGUUAUCUUACGUGUACAUAUGCUUAAAGCCAUA